AUGCAAUAACGUGCUACCCGCACUCCAAUUAUCAGCCUCGUAGCAAUCAAUGUACGGGUGAACAUUCUGCACACAAUCGUUGAGGUUAUCCACAAUUGCCAGCAUGACUAUUUUGUGUAGUCAAUCACACUUGCAACCCAUCAGGCUUUAACGAUGGGCAGCCCUGCAAAGAAGAGGAAGCUCAAUGGCGACACCAAGUCAACGCCGUCUCGAGGGCUGGAAUACUUUUUUGCUAAGCAGAAGCAAAAGCCAUCAGAGCCACAGUUGAAUGAAAAUACCGCCACUUCUAGUCAAGUUUUGAGAGACGAGGAAUUUGCUCGUAAACUGCAAGAAGAAUGGAACAAGGAGGACGUCGUUCUUGAAGGAGCACAAAGGAUAUCACCCACAGAUAGCGAGGGUGUUGCCUCACAUACUGUGGAUGGUCCCAAUUCUAGGGAUGCUCCUCUCGCCACCAGCAAUCCAUUAGACCUAGUCGAUGGUAGCGCCCUCGGUGUGAUGGCGAGUUCAAAAAAGACCAACACACUUACUCUCCAGUCUGUUGCGUCUGCCGAGGACACAAUUUCCUCCGUAAUCCCUCUGGAUGAAAGUCCAUUGACAUUUGAUAUUUCAGAAUACACCACCAAACUGAAAGCUCAUUGGAAUGCAGAAGGUGGUAAUGCCUCUUACGCCAUUCUCACUCGGUGUUUUGUGCUCGUAAGCGCCACGACCAGUCGCAUCAAGAUUGUCGAUACUCUGGUGAACUGCUUGAGGAUUCUUAUAGAAGCAGACCCAGAUAGUCUUCUACCAGCGGUCUGGUUGGCUACGAAUUCCAUUUCGCCCCCAUAUAUCUCACUGGAAUUGGGCCUUGGUGGAUCAGCAAUUUCAAAAGCCUUGAAACAAGUAUGUGGCCUAGACAGCCGCAGCCUCAAGGCCAUUUACGACAAAUAUGGUGACCCGGGCGAUGUUGCGUUCGAGGCCAAGAAGAAACAGAGCUUCACCUUGCGAAAACCCAAGCCACUUACCAUCAAAGGGGUCUUUCAGUCCUUGGUUAAAAUCGCUCAGAGCCAGGGUCAGGGAAGCGUCAACUUAAAGCAGCAAAUAGUAGACAGGCUCCUACAGGAUGCUCGAGGAGGCGAGGAAAGCAGAUUUAUUGUUCGAACCCUCUGUCAACACCUACGGAUAGGAGCAGUCAAGACAACCAUGCUUAUUGCAUUAUCGAGGGCUUUUCUCUUGUCGAAGCCCUCUGGGGCUGACUUCGAAACCAGAGAUAUCAAGGCCCUUGCUCGUUUGAAGAAAGAAGAGCUCGCCGAAGUUUGGGCACGAGGCGAAGAAAUCGUCAAGGCUUGCUUCGCACGACGCCCCAACUACAAUGACCUUGUUCCAGUUCUCCUGGAGAUAGGUAUAACGGAUGAGCUGCUCGUGCGCUGCGGUCUAGCACUUCAUAUACCGCUGCGACCUAUGCUGGGAAGCAUCACUAGAGAUCUCAGCGAAAUGCUCACAAAACUACAGGGGCGUGAUUUUGCUUGUGAAUUCAAAUAUGAUGGCCAAAGAGCUCAAGUCCACUGCGAUGAGAAGGGGAAAGUCUCAAUAUUUUCCAGGCAUCUGGAGUUGAUGACUGACAAAUAUCCUGAUCUUGUUGCGCUCAUCCCUAAGAUCAGGGGAGAGGGCGUUUCAAGCUUCAUUAUGGAGGGAGAAGUUGUAGCCGUCGACCCGAUGACGGGAGACCUCAAGAACUUCCAGACACUCACCAAUCGCGCCAGGAAGGAUGUUGAAAUCGGUAGCAUUACAGUCAAUGUAUGCCUGUUUGCGUUCGAUCUCAUGUUACUCAAUGGACAGUCACUUUUGGAUAGACCUUUCAGGGAGCGGCGGGAGCUGUUAAGGUCCCUGUUCAUCGAAGUACCCAACAACUUUACUUGGGUCAAGAGUAUAGACGCAACAUCACAAGAUUCCGAAGCUGUGCUGGAGUUUUUCAAAGCUGCUACCGAUCUUAAGUGUGAAGGAUUGAUGGUGAAGAUAUUGGACAACUUGCCUGAUAUUGCCUACAAAGGUGACGGCACUACUGAACCGGUAGACGAGCAAGAGAAGAAUCCAAAGACGACGGCCGCCAAGGCAAAAGGCAAAACGAAGGCAAAAGCCGAUAAUGACGAACCUAAAAGAACACGAAGGAAGCCAUUGCUCUCCACUUACGAACCCGACAAACGCCUUGACUCGUGGCUCAAGGUGAAGAAGGAUUACGACUCAACAUUUGAUACAUUGGACCUUAUACCCAUUGCGGCCUGGCACGGCCAGGGGAGGAAAGCUAAAUGGUGGUCUCCGAUCCUUAUGGCCGUCCGCAAUGAGGCGACGGGGUCGCUUGAGGCGGUCACAAAGUGCAUGUCAGGCUUUACGGAUGCCUUCUACAAAGAGAACAGGGCAUUUUACAAUGACGGCGAGGAAGACGGCGAAAGACAAAACACACGAGCUCGACGACCAGCUUUUGUGGAGUAUUCAGGCCCCGAGCCUGACGUUUGGUUUGAACCUCAGGAGGUAUGGGAGAUGGCGUUUGCGGACAUAACUCUCAGUCCUACAUACACUGCCGCAAUCGGUUUGGUCAGCGAUGAAAGGGGCCUCAGUCUACGAUUUCCUCGGUUUCUGAAGAAGCGAGAUGACAAGAGCAUUGAUGAGGCCAGCUCAGGGGAAUUUCUUGCAAGCUUGUUCCGUAAGCAAGAGGCUAAGGCACCGACGGCAGCACAUGAUAUACCGGAUGAUGAGUUCGAGUAA